UUGUUGUGGAGUAACUGGCUCUGACCUAGGAUUACACAAAAUGAUGUCAUCAGAAAAAAAGCAUAAAUACCCCCCACAUCUUAAACUCACCAGAACUUUCUAGAAGCACUCAGAGCCGUAAGGUCCUGCAGGUAUUCUCUAAAGUUCAAAGCCCCCUUUGUGAAAACAAAGUUGGUAUUUCUGUUUAUUAUUACACGACAUCUUCAACACUAAAUUAUCACCACGAAUCAUGAUGGAUUCUUCUUUGUCGGAUACUCCCUGUGAGGUGAGAGAGGGCUUCAUUCUUCUCGGCCGCAAAGGAGUUUAUAAGGUGGAAAAGUUUCUUGGUGAAGGCUCUUAUGGAAAAGUGGCCAAAUGUAAGAAACUGGGAACUGACCAAGUUGUGGCAAUCAAAAUCAUUUGGGGUUCAGGCCAAAUGGAAAUCAAUGCUCUGGAAGAGCUCAGCCAGAUCAACGCCGACGAUCACAACCUGGUCAAGUUUGUGGAGAGCUUUAAGUAUAAAAAGUACACGUGCAUCGCUUUUGAAGUGUUGGAUCAGAGCCUUCUGGAUUUCAUGGAAAAAAGGGAUUUCCAUCCCCUGACUGUGGAGGAAAUCAGGACCAUUGCCUGGCAGUUGAUUGUUGCCCUGAAAGGCCUGAAAAGCGUCAACUUGGUCCACUGUGACAUUAAACUGGACAACAUCAUGCUGGUGGAUCAAGUUUCAGAGCCUUUCAGGGUCAAACUCAUAGAUUUUGGUUUGGCUGAGAAAAUUGGACACAUGCGUACUGGAGCUAUGAUGCAGAACAUUUGCUACAGGGCACCUGAAGUCAUCCUGGGUCUGCCCUUAGACCAAAGUGUAGAUUUGUGGACAGUUGGCUACAUUCUCUUUGUGCUGUACACGGGGAGCUUCAUCCAUGGAUGGGACGCUGAAUACAACAUCCUCCGAGCCAUGGUGAAGAUGCAAGGCAUGCCUGAGGAGAAAGUUCUAAGCCAAGGGGUUUACACCACAAGAUUUUUUACCAAGACCAAAGAAAACUCUCAGGAUGUCUGGAAGCUGGACACACCACAACAGCAAAGCAAGAAAAAAGGGAGACUGGUCGAAGACAACAUUCCGUUCUGGUCCUGUGACCAACUCAUCCACAGCUGUUUGGACAAAACAAAAAUCAAAGAAGUGCAACAGUUUGUGGACCUGCUGAAGCGGAUGCUGAUGGUGGAUCCAAGCAAACGCAUCUCUCCAAGUGAAGCACUACAACAUCCAUUCUUCACUAUGGGGAGGGUGCAGCCCACUGCUGGCUCUCACACCACCAACCCAGAAGAGCCACCAGCAUUGGAGGUCCACCCACAGCCUGAAGCAAAAGAGGUCACCAAUACUCCUCAAAGACCAGCUGCUGUUUCCCAGGAAUUUUCCAGCAUGAAAAAGAAACCAGGCAGGAUCCAACAACAAAGAGAGACAAUUAGAGAACAUCUGGCUAAAUUAGAGGAACGCUGUAGUUCCAAAAAGAAACCAGGCAGGAUCCAACAGCAAAGAGAGACAAUUAGAGAACAUCUGGCUAAAUUAGAGGAACGCUGUAGUUUCAAAAAGAAACCAGGCAGGAUCCAACAGCAAAGAGAUGCCAUCAAUAACUAUCAAGCUGCCUUACAAAAGAGGAAUCCUGGAACCCAGCAAGAUCACAACACUGACAAGAGUUUACAAAGUCAGGCAGCAUUUAGAAGAAAAAGACACUUCUAAAGGCAUCAG